AUGGCAUACUACGGAAACGGAGGAUACUCUCCUUACGGUCAACCUGCUUUUGGAGCGCCACCACCAAUAUUUGGAGCUCCCGGAUACAUUCCAGCAACUGUCCACGUUCACACUGAUGGACAUCAUCAUGGUCAUCAUCACCACCAUCAUGGAUUCCUCCACGAGUUGGGACAUGCUCUGACUGGACAUCAUCAUCAUCACCACCACGGACAUCAUUUCGGACACCACCACCAUCACCAUGGACAUCACUAG